AAAGGUUUGGUUCAUUGGCCCAAAUGAUUUUUAGUUUCCCGGGAAAGAAUUCCAAUACAUCUAGCCUUCACCUAAGAUCCAUCGCAGAAUCGUGACAAUGUCGUCGACGUCAACGGCGAGAUGGUUGAAUCGAAUGGCUUCAGAUCAGUACUGUCUUCUCCACUUCCUUGCAUUCUUCUCCUACAUCCCUAUACGCUCCUCCGCCUCACAUCUUCUCCUUCCGUCUCGCUCCUCUCUCCUCUUCGAACGCGAGAUUCAAGCAGUUGUCGUUUUUAGUGUGAUAGCUGCUGUUAAGACAGUGAGGGCGGAAACAUGGCAGACGGUCAUUUCAGAUUCUCUGUUAUUUGCAAAGAUUUUCCUUACUGCUCUUGCUUUAGUAAUGGAUUAUCAUUUGGGACUCUGGUACGCAUUGGUAUUUAUAGUUAUACAUAUUCUAACACAACAGCCUCCGUACGAAGGACUAGGUAACUCAAUUCAUUUAACCCCACUACAAUUGGAGGCUUUGCUUACUGAAGGAAACACUUCAAGAUUUUGGUUGGUAGAAUUCCGUGCAUUAUCGACAUCAACCUGUAUAUGUACCAGUUCAUUUUUCCCUGAACUCUCAAUUACAUACUCGAACAAAAAUUUGUCUUUUGGGGUAGUUGAUCUUGGACUCUUCCCAAAUGCUGCAGAAAAGUUUGGAAUCUCUUUGGCAAGCUUAAGCCAACUUCCAGUGUAUAUACUAUUUGAGAAUGGAAACGAGGUCACACGUUUUCCUGAGUUGGAUUUUCAGGGUACAGUUUUUAGUUUUUCCAUAACGAAGAAAAUCCUGUGUGAGCGCUUUGAACUGGAUAAGCAUCUUCUAGAUUACAUAAAUGGCAAAUAGGUGAGGUUGAUGUAUUCCGAAUGAGGCGAGGCAUUCGGUACCAGAUCGAUAUGUGGAUCAACACGUUAUUGCUCAAUGAAUUGACCCUUUAAUGAGCGGUGAAAGUGGGGAUUUGUUACAAACCAUAAGAUUUACGAUAGCCAACUCGUAUUUCACGUUCAUGUCAUUCUUGUAACACAGAAGGGCAAGGGACUAUGGUUUUUCAAACUUUUGAUACAAUUUUUCCAGAAAUUUCAUGCAGUUUAUUUAGUUAUAAUUUUUCACAAGUAUAGUUGGUAUAAACCUUUUGAUACAA